CCAUUCUGUGACGUAAGGUCGAACAGGAACAUGGCGCUUCCGAGUAGGGAUGUUCUAUGAGAUUUCUACUGGUUUUUUUUAUUUAACAUAGUUUUUUUUAAUAUAUAAAUAAAUAUUAUAAACGAUGAUAGAAUACGAAAGGUGAACCAUCAUUUUGGACCAAUGAAAAGGACAUUUGUCAGCGGUGUUUGCUAUCGUCCGCUGAUAUUGUUAGCAUUACCAUACUAGCUAAAGGUAGCUGGCUAACAGCUAGUCGCCAAACAGAACAUAAAUGAUGCGUGCUAAUGAGGCUUACCAUGACGACAAACUGACUGAAAUCAAUGAUUAACACUCUCAAUUUGCGUUAAAACGGACAGUUUUUGUUCGGACAGACGUUAGGGGAUACCUAACCUUUGGCGAGCUAAGCUAUAGAGGAUGAAGAGCCGCCAUGGAUGUGUUUUGUCGCUGGCUGCCGGGGUUUUUCUACUGGUGUUGUGGACGUGUGAAGGUGCCCCCCUCCAUCAUCCUCACAGAGCAGAUGGAAGCACUGGAGACACUUGGUCCGUUUCUCUCUACCUGUCCCUGGUGGUGUCUCUGACGGCGCUGGUGAUCUUGGUGGUGGUGUUGUUGAACUGUGUGACCUGCUGCAAGGAAAGAGAAAUCAACUUCAAGGAAUUUGAGGAUCACUUCGAUGAUGAGAUUGACUUCACACCACCAGCCGAGGACACACCUUCUAUGCACUGUCCAGCUGAGGUCUACACCCUUGCCGUGUCCCCUGUGGCCCUGCCUGGGCCUCCACAUCUUCAACCUCCUUCCCGAGUCACAGAAGGUUCCACCGGCUCCCAGGUUGCACGUCAUAAUCUGAGUUACAUUCAGGAGAUUGGCAAUGGCUGGUUUGGACAGGUGCUCCUGAGCGAAAUCUACACAGACCCUGGUGGAACCAGAGUCAUAGUGAAGGAGUUAAAAGCUAAUGCAAGUGCAAAGGAGCAGAAUGACUUCCUGCAGCAGGGAGAUCCGUACAGAGUGCUGCAGCAUCCGAACAUCCUUCAAUGCCUCGGCCAGUGUGUUGAGGCCAUUCCCUUUCUGCUGGUCUUUGAGUACUGUGAAAUGGGCGAUCUGCGGGGCUACCUGUCUCAGCAGGACUGGAUGGUCAGAAAUGCUGAGCUGCUGCAGCUGCAGAGGAUGGCCUGUGAAAUCGCAGCCGGUGUCACCCACCUUCACAAGCACAACUUUCUGCACAGUGACUUGGCUCUGAGAAACUGCUACCUAACUGCAGACUUGACUGUCAAAGUGGGGGACUAUGGAAUUGGACCCUACAGAUACAAAGAGGAUUACAUCAUUACUGAGGAUGAUGAGUUUGCGCCUCUUCGCUGGUUGGCUCCUGAGCUGGUGGGUGAGCGACACGGUGGUGUGGUUGUUCUGGAGCAGACCAAACCCAGCAAUGUGUGGGCUCUGGGUGUGACGCUGUGGGAGCUCUUUGAGAAUGCUGCUCAGCCGUAUCCACAUCUGUCUGACCGAGAGGUGCUCAACCAUGUGAUCAAAGAACAACAACUCAAACUCUUCAAGCCACAGCUAGAUCUUCCAUAUUCUGACCGAUGGUAUGAAGUCCUGCAGUUCUGCUGGCUGUCUCCAGACAAGCGAGCCACAGCAGAGGAAGUUCACCGCUUGCUCACCUACUUGCGAAUGCAAGGCCAGAAGGACAUAGAGGAAGAUUUUGAGCAACGCUGGGAUGCACUAAAGCCCAACCCUUCCACGAGACAGACCACCGUCAGCCAUUCCUCUUUCCCAAUCCUCGAUCAGUUUGCUGACGAUGCCCUGCGUCAUGAGAUUGAUGAGGUUCUCACUGUCACUGAAACCAGCAAAGGGCUCAGUUUUGAGUAUGUUUGGGAGGCAGGUAGACAUGACCACUACGAAGGCAGCCAUAAUCAUUCAGGCAUGGACACCACACUGAACUACCACAGCAUGUUUUUUCCUGCUUCUAGUGAAGAUAUUCAGGCCCAUUUCCCAGACUCUGCAGCAGGAACUGUGGGUAUGGAAGGUGGUCACACACCAUCAGUUCUACCUGGUAUUGUACCAGUCUUUGACGCACAAAAGCCUUCUAAUAGAAACGAAUAUUACAUACAGCUAGAAGAACAAGGGGAGAGUGCAGUUGGAGCAGAUGGAAACAUAAGACCAAACAUAGACUUGCAUUCAGCCCAACAAGAUUUUGUUGUUCUACAGGACGUCCAUCUUGAUGAGUCCAGCACUGACGCUGACUUUUUCCACCAAAGCAUCGACUCCAAGGAUUCUUAUUUACCAGACAGUCACAUUUGGUCGUCUCUUGAGAAUGACAGCCCCUACCACACAAACAUUUUUACAGAGGGAGAGUCCAAGCCAGACGACUCCCCUUCCUGGAGACAGAAUUUUAUGGAGCUUCCCGAGCGAAAUGGAAACCCUUUCUAUGAAAGUGUAUCUCAGGAUGCAGAUAAAGAUAAACUCUGUGGGAACUCUUUUUUAGGGGUUUGUUCCGAAGCCACUCACCUGUCGGAUUCUGUGAAAGUGGAGAGGGAGGACGCAGAUGUGAUGAGGUUUCUGAGCACUGAAAAACUAUCUGACAAUUUUAUGUUUCUCAAAGAACACAAUCUCAUGAAAGAAGAAUCGGUUUUCUCAAAUUCACAGCAGAAUUUUCUCUCUCCUGGCCUAACCCACGAACCAGAGGAAAGAUUCAAAAUGAGUUCUUGGGAUAACCUUGAGACGUUUGGCAGCUUAAACACAGCAGACACCUAUUCAAAAUGUGCAGUAAGUGGCACACCGCCAAGACAAGAACCUUUAGACUUCCCAAGUGUGAGUUUGGUGGAGUUUCAUGAGUCCUUGGUUGAAAAUGAUGACACUCUGGUGCCUUCCAUUAAUGUAAUAACGGAGGAAAACAUAAGCAACAAAUCACUAGUUCAAAAUAGUUCUUCCACUGAAUACUUUGGUCUGCAGAAGUCCUCAGAAAAAGGUAUCGACUCUGGUUUUGAUUCUACCUCGGAGAGGUUUGACGUCGUCAUCGGUCAAACUGAUGACCACUCCCCUGCAUUCUCUGAAAGUGCCACUACAGACUCUUUGUGCACAGAUGCCAAAAUUCCCAGCCUUGAAGAAGACUUUGAAACCUCAAAGGAUAGAUCUCAGCUUGUUGGAUGCGAAACAACUGAGCAACCCGACGUCCAAGCCUUGAUUUCACCCAGUGAAGACCUUACAAGCCACGACCUGAUGAGUGAACUUCUUGAUGAUGCAGAUAUAGAACUGGAAACCACUCUGUCAGACCAGGACGAGCCCUUUAUAGACACUCAUGGUCAAGCUCCUGUGAGAAGUUCUCUGUUGGUCUCUGGGCCUUCUUUGGACCAGAUCAGCCAGGACAGUUUGCUUGAAGACAGCAUGUCCCCAACCCUUCCAACUGUAGAGAAUUCGGCUGAGACCCCGGACUCUUUAGACUCUCUCGAUAUCGAUCGGCUUGGUGAGCAGGUGGUCGAUCUCACCAGCGAAGUAGCUCAAGACAAACUUCAGCCUCCAUACAAAAUAUCAGACAGUGGGUAUGAGACGGAGAACAUGGAGUCUCCUGAGUGGAAUUUUCAACCCAGUGUGACCGUCCACUCUCCAGUGAAGAAUGGCUUAGAUGUUGCUGAGGGAGAGAAGGAAGAUUCCACAUUAGCAACAAAUUUGGUUCCUCCAGAAAUAGUUAUUUCUGAAGUCGAAGGUGUGAUCAAUAAUCAGAGUGAGAGUCGCAGUGAGGACCAGCAGCCAGACCCUGUAGCUCCUGCUGAGGAACCACACUCUGGCAGCAGUUACAGAGACUCUGCCUACUUUUCUGACAAUGAAUCGGAACCAGAAAAGAAGUGUGAAGAACCUGCUCAAGGCUCAGCUUCCACAACGUGGUCGAGUAAUACCAAGGAUGAAGACAACGUGACUACAGGAAGUCCGCCUUUAGAGGUUAAUGAGGAAGAUGACGAGGAAGUAUCUCAUCAGAUGGUUUCUGGAGAACAGCCUGAACUUCAAAUUGAGGAGGUUCUAUUAAAGAUGGAUUCAGAUGGGAAAAGUGAGGAGGAGGAAACCAAUGGCCAAAGUGAAGAAGAAAACAAAUCAGACCUUUUUAAAGAAGUGUCUACUGGUCAGUCAGUUUCAUUAGAGGAUUCAGACACCGCAAGUCCACCUCCCUCAGCUACACAGUCAAAGCCAGAGAACACAGUUCACGCUAAACUGACCAGAACGUACGCUAGUGAUGGUCACAAAAAGAAAGAGCCCGAUAUUGAAGGACGUUACCUGGGGAAGCAGGACAGUUUGGGAAGGGAUGUUCAGGAGGACCACAUGGAUGCUGAUGAGGAAGACGAGAACAGUGAUGACUCUGAGGAGGACGAUGUCCGUGCGUACCAGCUCCACAGCACGAGCUCAGACAGUGAGGACGACACUGUGCACACAGUGCCUCUUAUCAUCUCUGAUGAGAGCGACUCAAAGAACCUGCGGAGCUUGCUGAAGCCCACCAGCCUGAACUUUCAGGCAUCAACUGCUCCAGUUCCUGUGAAGUUUAAUGCAGAUAACUCCAGGAGAGCCGUGUCCUUUUUCGAUGAUGUCACUGUCUACCUUUUUGACCAGGAGACUCCUACCAAGGAACUAGCUGAUCACUCUACAGGCUCAAACAGGGAGAUACCAGAGUUCAGCAGCCCAGUGUCCACUGCCAGCUACCUGAAUCGCUUCACGAACUCUGAAAGCUCCACAGAUGAAGAAGGUGGUGGUUUUGAGUGGGACGAUGACUUCUCCUCCACUGCCUCCGCUUUCCUGUCCAAGAUUGACAAGGAGCCAGUAUCGAAGGCUUCGCCCUCCGCUCCAACAACCCAUUUUUCCUCUCCACCCACAAUAACAGCGCGUGUGCUGGAGCCCAGCUGGAGCAGCUCUUCAAACUACUCCCGUUUUUCCAUCUCACCCGCCAGCAUAGCCAGCUUCUCCCUCACCCAUCUUACAGACUCUGACACAGAACAAGGGGGAAGCAGUGAAGACGGUGAAAAGGACUAGUGUGACAAACGGACAUUUACUGUCACACCACUGAUAAAACCAAGGUACACUUGCACUUUUGAGGAGCGGAUGACGGUUGAAGGAGGUCGAAGGUCACAGGUGAUGGGCUGGGGCGGGGGGGACUCCAAAGGCUUAUUUCAGGCAGAACUGUGCAGAGUUAGAGAGUGAAGUCUGUGGUCUGACCUAUGAAGUCUAGUUCCAGCCUGGGCAACAUCACCUCCACAGCUACAUCAGUGGAUGUGAUUUCAUUUUAGUGCAAUGAGGGAAAAAAUGAAUAGUUAAAAAAACACAUCUAACUUCUAAUGGUUUGCUUUAAAAAAAAGUCUUUUUGAGCUCAUUCCAAGUGUUCGGUUGCUUAUUUUUGUCAUGUGUCCAAAUGCACUGCUACUAAUAGACUUUUUAAACAAACAUACAAAAAAAAUCUUUCUAUGUUUCUCACUUAAUGAACACCAUCAGCUGAUAAACUGGACACUGCAGCCAAGUAGAAAUAAACCUGAGUCUCAGCAGAAGUGAAACUGAAGCUACAGUUACUUUACAGUAACUUUACAGUUAUACUUUACUGCAGCGUCGUUGUCAUUUUGCGUCUUCAUGUAGUGCAGAUAUUUCAGUGGUGGCCUUUUUGGACCGUCUCAGUCUCAACAUUUUCAUGCGGUAUCCUUCUGUAGCAGCCAAUGAAAAAGAAGGGUUGAAGUGCAGGAAGUGUCCUCCAUGAACGGGUUGUUUGGACAAUUUUCUGGCAGUAGUUUCACAGUUUGGAGAUGUAAUUUGAUGAGGAUUGUUAUAUAAAUCUUUAAAAGAGAUGUAAUUAAUUUUUUAAGCUUAAACUAAUUACUUAUGUUGUCGUGAUUUAUUUUGUGCGCUGAAAGGUGCAGCGGGCUCCUCGGGCCGUUUUGUAUUAUCACCAUCACUGGGUCUUAUCAUAUCACCGUCCUUAAUGUUGUGAAGACAACUUUAACCGUCAUUGCACGAUGUUCAAACCACACAUGAAGUCAGGCCGUUGUACAUAGAGUGAAACAGGAGAUUUUAUUUUUAAACGUCAGAAUUAAGACAUGUGUUAAACUGUUUGUAAAGAGAAAAAAAAUCAUAAUAAGGAUAAGAAAUUUGCAGAGGAGAGGAGGCAGGCUAAUGGAUCCACAUUUCUAAUGUUAAUGUGCAGGGAUUUAAGGCUUAAUUUAAGGAAAAAAAACACUACUAGAACAAGAAAGCUGCUGCUUUUUAUCAGUGUCAUGACCAGAGUGUCUGCCUUUUUUAAAACUCUGUGUCAAACUAAAUCUAUUCACGUUAAGAAAACCCUUUUGAGCAUUUCGUCUUCUUUAAUGUUUGCUGGCCGUCGUUUGUCGUUGUGGCUACAGGGAGGUCUGUGUACAGGUUUUUAUUGUACAGCUGUAAAAAAAAAUCAGUUAUUUGAAUCUGUAAGUUAUAUAAAAAAAUCUGUCUGGUACUUUUGUUUCCUUCACUCAAACAUCUACACUCUACUCCUUUACUCCACCUGUGGUAGACUAAUGCCCUGAUAAGGAGGCACUGUACCGUAGACGAUGUUUAAAAAAACCAGCAGCCUGUGCUUCAGUUAAACUUGAAAAUUUAUUUAAGGAAAUAAUAUUUUAUUUGACUACAGUGUCCAUUUUGCUUAAUCUUGCACAUUUUUGAGAAAUGAAACUUAAUGUUGAACUAUACUGAUGUAUAUAAAUGUUAAUUUUUUUGGUCUGUAUAUGGGAAAGGAUGUAAUUGAGUUGUAGCGAUGAGUUUUCACUUUGUAACUUAAAGCUGAGUCGAUCAGAGGAACAUAUCACCGUGGGCGGCUCUAAAGCAGUUCAACUAAGACCUGGGAGUGGACGUGAGUUUGUUCUGUUCUUUAAUCUUGUAGAUUUACAAAAAAUCAAAUAUUUUUACUUCAUAUUGUUCAUGCUAUGUGUAAUUGAAUGAGAUGUUUAUAAUUACACUGUUUAAUAUGAAAAUAAAUGCAAAUGGACUUCUAAACUGGGUGCUUAGGUAUUUCCGUGUGUAUUUUAAGUCUGACUUUUUACUGUUUUUACUGUUUGGCCGAGAUGAGAUGGUGCCCAUGAGAAUGUUCUGCAGCGCAGUGACUGUGUGGACGUAGGGAGGAGUGGGAGCAAUAUUGGAGAACAUCAUCUGAGAAGACACAAAUGGAAAUGUAAGCUUCAGAAGAGUUGCUAUCUGUGAUGCUUUCCACAGUCCAGCUGACCUACUUACAUCUGUAAAAGAAGACGCUCCACCUAUCCAAGUUCCCACGGAGAGACUUUGGCACACAGAGAGCUGCUGGAAACUAUCACUAAAACAUGACCAGAUCGUUGCAAAAGUCAAAGGAAAUAGAGACGACCACACCAUGUCAAGAUGCAUCACCUUUGUCAAGAAAGAACACCUACUGGGGACCGAGGAGCUCAGCUUCACAUCAGUAGAUCAUGUCCUGCAUCACUGAUGCUCUGUAGCAAUUGCACUGCUGUCUUACCUGGACCUAACUGCCCCCCUGGGAGGAGAUGAUGCAGAAGGCAAAGACCGCAGAAGUCAAGAUACCAUAUUUUCCAAGUCUGGUGACGGACCAGCCAAAAAGGAGGCGAAGCUUCUGGAUUCAGUGUUGAGGAGUCAAGUUCUGAACCUUGUUGAACUCUGAUAGCCUGUGUGGUCAGAGAUGGAGUUUUCCCAAGUCUGGUAUGAAAUGGUGACAAAAUGUUUUUCAGUCUUUUUAUUUCACACUUCAACGCCUUUCAUAACUAGUGCAGCGUCAUCACACCGACGUCUGCUGUGCUGCUUCAACAGUCGUAGCACUAACAUGAACAGGUAGACCUUUCUGAUGGGAAGAACUUUUCCUUAUUGCAGGAGCAUGGAGAGGUAUUUUUUCAUGAUACAAACUGGACGUGUUACAUAGUUUUCACUGCACACUACUGUAUUUUUUUUACUGAGUAGGAAUUUCUUUAAUAUUCACAGUCCAUUUGUAAAAUUCCUCAUAUUCAGGAAAGAUUGUCCGACUACUUGUAGGUUAAAAAUCACUGCAUUGCAAUCGUAUGUCACAGGCCUAAAACAUAAGGAAGAAAUUCAACAGUUGUGUGAGAAACCCGUAGAUAAAUAAAUAGAUAAAGAAAUAAAAUCACAUGCAGUUGCAGUCAAAACGCAAACAAAUCCUACUGUAGAAAGAGUUUAACUACAGCGUGUGAAUGUUGGGUACCAAACCUCAUCCUAGCCCUUUACAGGAGCCCCGUUCUCUUGUGAUGUCACCCGUCGCCACAGAUCAAGAGUCCCACGGGAGUGAGCUCAAUGUGCAUUCCCCUGACGAGGAGACGAACAGAUCCAGGCACAAACAGGGAUGGGCACCUGGAGCCGUGCUACACUCCAACGGCGUUCCCGUUUACUUGUGAUGGGAUCCGUCGAGGAAGCGGGCUGCGUGGAGAUCCAGCCGCUGCGGGAAGAGAACCGCGGGGAGCCUCUGCCGAGUUCCCCCUCACACUGAUGUGCUCCCAUCCCCCCUGCAGGAACAAGGACACAAGGGAUGGUAAUUGGUCCUGUCAGACUGGACUCACCUGGUCCAGUGGUCCUAUAGAGACCUUUGUGACGUUGUUGGAGAUGAGUUCCCAGGUGGAGCCCUGAGGGUAACUGGGAGUGACGCCCUGUCGGUACCACAGGUUAUCUGCAGCACAGUAGACGAGGAGAAGACAUUUUUCAUCCACCGUGAAGACAGAUGUGCGACCCACCGACAGCUGCCUGAGUGUCUGUCUGGGAGGAGAAGGGAUGUGGUACCAGCAUUCUCCUGUAGGGGGACACCAACACUGGGUUUUGUGGGGACACAGAGCCUCUGUAGAAUACAGACCCAUCUUUGGCGAUGGCCCACACCUGGUUGGCUCCACCGAAGGAGAUGGACUUAAAGGGCUGAUCUGUGCCGACGUGAAGCCAGGAGCUGCCCUAGAGUGAAUAUAUGUAGGUGACUUUCCUAUAGCUGAGUUGCUUAAAACUUAAAGGCAAAGUCUCAAAAGCAAUUUCAAAGUAGGCAACUGGACUCUCCUCAAGUAAGUUGGAGACAUUGUCAGCUUACUUGAGGAGGAGUCCAGUUGCCUACUUUAAAACUGCUUUAGAGAUUAUUAUGAUCUGGAUGACUGGGGAUAUUCACAAGUAUUAAAGGCAAGUAAUUAUCUAGUUUCUAGAUAUUUCUAUAUUUAAAUGUUUUAUAUACUGUUUUACAUUUUGUGGUAACUGUGUCUGUUGAUUCUGAAAUAAAGGACAAGCUCUUUGUCAUUUUCAGAAA